AUGGCAGCUUCACUGAUGAAGACAGAAUUCGGUCUGCAAAGCAGGGUUGAAGUUUCUGUGGUUAUUAUAAAAGUAAAGGUGUACAACAUUGCCGCUAUUUCUACCAAAAGUGAAAAGAACCGUCACAAAACUACAACAACCGAGAGGAUGACAUCACCACCAUCACAUAUAUUUCAACAGAUAUUGCAGUCUUUCCGAGAUCAUCCUGAUGAUGACUUUGAAGAACACAUCCAGGAUGACGGACAGUGCAUUGACUGUUCGUCCUCAUUGAAUCAAUCUGGUGAUCAUGGGAAUGUUGACUAUUUGGAACACGAUCAUGGUGGAGAUUGGAGAGAUGUUUGUUCCAAGUGUUGGAAGCAAUGGAGUGAAAGAAGAAGUAGUGUGUCCUCGGUAUCUUCAAUGAGAUCUGAUCCUCCCCACGUUCACUGGCCUGCAGAAGCUAAUCUAGUUCGGUCUCAUCCUAGAAAGAAAUAUGUUAGGAAUCCACGCACACCAUCACCUGUUAAACCUAUUUUAAAAAAUGGUAAAUGCGGACAUCGCUGA